GAUGGGGACUCUGGGGGACCUGCGGGGAGGGGAGGCGGUGGGGAGCGGGGACGGCAGCAACCACAUGCGCGGUGCCUUGCUGAGCGCCGCCUCUGCCCCCUCCCCCCCCACGUCCCCCACGUCCUCGGGCGGAGCCUUAGCUGUGCUCUCGGGAAGCGGGACCCCGGCUCCUCCGGUCCUCCGGGAAGAGGGCCUGGGACCCCUGGCUCGUCCUUGCGUGGGGCCGCCACAGCCGGAGUGGGAUUGCUGCUGUUCCACACGGGGCCCGCGGCGGCACGGCCGGGCAGGUGUUGCCCACAACGAUGAACUGGACUGCUGCCACAUGCUGGGUUCUUCUGCUUGCUGCUGCCUUCCUCUGUGACAGCAGUGUGGCUAAGGGAGGCCGCGGAGGCUCUCGGGGCAGCGCCCGUGGUGGGCUGCGUGGUGGGGCUCGUGGGGCCUCCAGGGUGCGAGUGAGGCCUGCACCUCGCUACAGCUCUUCCUUGCGUGUGGCAGCGGCUGGGGCGGCGGCAGGGGCAGCAGCAGGAGCCGCUGCGGGCCUGGCUGCAAGCUCGGGCUGGAGGAGGGCCACGGGACCAAGGGAGCUGGGCCUGGAGGAUGAGGAUAUAGCCCUAGGUGGCAACGGGACAGGAGUCUACAGCUAUUGGGCCUGGACUUCGGGCACAAGGCCCAUUCAGAGCCCAUGCCUCUGCCUGCUGCUGGGCAGUGCCCUUAGCACCCUGGGCCUGCUUCAGCCCUAGGGCCAGCUAUGGGUCCAGAUCAGGCCCUUAGCCCACAUGGUCCCCACAGGCUCUCCUAUCCCAUCCCAGAGUAUUAGAUCACCAAGCACCCACUCUUUGAAUAUCCAAGGUCCUCUAGCUGUGCCAGCUGCCUGGAGGAUCUGGACAGACAGGUCAAGAGCUGUGCCUGGGCAGGCAACAGGCAGCACAGGGCCCAGGACAGGCCUGCGUACAAUGCUCGCUAAUCUCCAGCCCAAGCCCAAACCUUCCCAUCUCCUACCCUACAAGGGAACCAGCAGCCUCUCAAUUCUAGAAUGUCAGGAUCCACCCCACAGCCAGAGGCAGGCUGUGCACCACUCUCCAGAGCCACUCAAAGGGAGAUGCCAAGACCAAGUAUUCCGGCCACCCCUGCCUCCUGGCCAACCCUGGAGGUGAAAGUGUGGUCAGUGCUGACCCCAGGCAGAGGCAAUUCUGUGGUUCUGCCACUGAGGUCCUGACAGAAGGACUUUAGGAUGUGAAGGAGAAGGGAGGAAUGUUCACUCAGGUGGCCAUGUAGGAAAUGUGGGGUGCUAACCAUUGACCCAGAGCAGAUCUUGGGGACAUUAAGGCCCAGGAGUAGCUGGAACAGAAAAAACUUACUGCAGAAAUACCCACUGUGGUCCUCCUGGCUCCUAAAUUAUGCUCCCAAGGCUUAGCAGACUUCUCCCCAAGGCCUCCUGUCAGAGGAAUGCCCCGGAGCCACCUGGCCCUAAGGAUCACUUAACUGGUCUUGGGACACGUGUGUGUUUGGGGGAGGGGGGGGACCCUUAUUCAAGAACAUUCCAUUCCCUCUGAACUUUAGUUUCAUAUUAGAGAACCACUCAAGGGGACAAGUGCCAACCCUGCUAGAGGCCCAUCCUUGUGCACAGCCCAUGCUGCGUGGCUCCUACACUUCCAGUGGGCAGCCCCUCUCAAAAGUAGAUGCACUUGGAUCAGGAUACGGCACAAGUUGCCCACAGCUUCUCAAUGGAAGCAGGGCAUUUCAACUGGCACAGCCAUUCAUGGGUCCUUGGAAGAAGGCUGGCUGAAGCAGCAAUCCCAGCAGUGGCAGGGAGGAUGCAAAGCAAGCCUGGGCUUCAAGACAGAAGGCUAAUCUCUCCAACAGCAGAGGAUUAUCUGAUCACCCAAGGGACCUCGGGCCCCAGGCUUAUGCUCAGAGAAGCCUUAAGAUACAGGGAAGUCCUUACAAAAAAAUGCCUCUAGCCAUACCUUGUGCUUAAGACUGGCAACUUGCUUCUCCUGCACUCACCAGCACAGUGCCCGUAACUCUGGCUUGGGGAAAAGCUCCUGGUUGUGCCAAGUUCUUUAGCUCUAAUCACUGAGCAACCUCAAAGCUGGGAAGGUUUUCCCAGGCCCUGGUAGUUCCCCUGUCUAUACCCCAGUGCUCUUGAAAGAUUCUUAUCUACAGCUAGGCUGUUUCUGGGACCAGUCCUUGCCCUCUGGACCACAGUAUCUUGGGGCUCAGUCAGUGGACAUAAUGCUGGACACUAGCACCUCCUGGGCUGGCACAUAGUUUUGGUUGGGAACAAGUUUUAGUGCUAUUGGUGGAACUCUGGCCAAGUACUUUUCCUGAGCAGCAAGUUUCAGGAUGCAACUUCCUGCAGCAUGUCAUCCACACUGCCAGUGCUGUCAGGUACAGCCAGCUCCCAAGCUCAUGUACCACUUCCAGACCAAUACUACCAAUAACAGCAAGCCAAGACCAAGCCUGCCUUGGGGCCUCAAAAGCAAACUGAGACCUCCUCAUACCUGGAAACCUGUUGGAGCCCCUCAACUUCCCAGAUACCGACCAGAAUGGGCUGCACAGAAGACCCUCACAGAGCACUGUGUGAGGAUCACAAAGCUCCAAAUGCAAUGGAAGUACUAUCUUUUAGUACCUCCCCACACCGGUCAGAGUGCACAGGAAGUAGAUGGCACAGAGGGAAUAAUCUCAGGGUGGAUUCAUCACACACAGCAGCACAAGAAACAUCAGGGGAAAGCCAGUAUGAUGAUGGCGGCCAUACAGACUAAGAAAAGGGCCACUGAGCACCAGAGACACAGCCAGUGCUCAGGCAGCUAUGGGAAGGUUAGGCCACAACCACAGUUGAGAUCAGAGCUACUGAUCAGGCACAACCUCACUUGGCCCCAUAGUGCACAAGCCUACCCCAUCUCCACCCCUUUCUCCCUAGCAUGCAGCUGCUGGCAGCGAUAUCUCUUGAGGAUGCCUACAGUUGUGGAUGUCAACAAUUCUGAGAUGCCCUCUGUACCUCCUCUGGAUCCAAGCGUCUCACUUGCUAGAAGGUGCUGCCCAUGCUGGUUGACCACUGCCAUGUGCAAAACUGAACUGCGAGAAGGUUGCCUACCAAGGUGCUGCCCCUGAGCACUGAGGAGAGAGGCCAGUGCUUGGGACCCACACUCUAAACUUGCUGUCCAUGUCUGUACACAUUUAACAAUGAAGAGUUCAUUGUGAAAUAAACCCCUCUGCUGGCAGCAAGGCUCUUCUCAUUGUAGGACCAUACCUGCUCAUCAGGAACUUUAAUACACAGGGCCAAGGUACCACAAUG